GAAAAUAUUAAUAUGAUAAAUUUAAAAUGUGAACUACAUAGCUGAUUCGUUUACAUUAUGACAAUUCAUCAAAAACACACUAAAAAUAAACAUUUAAUUCUGCUAUAUAAUUUGAACAUAAUUCAUUAUGAAUUUAUCAUCAAAAUAAAUAUUAAACAUUGUCCGACAUUUCCGAUAUUCUCGGCAUUUACAAGAAAAUUCAGUUCAGUUAGCUAGAUACAGCAAUUACUCUUCUUUUUAAGUUUUCUUAACAUCUGUAAGAAAUUUCAUGAGAGCCAGAUAUGCUAUAACCUGAAAGUGGUAAAACUUUUGAAUGAAAAAUCUACUUUCAUUUAUUAUUUCUUUUUUUCAACAAAUUAACUAAUUCUGGUUAUGCAAACCAUAGUCAUAUAUACUAUAAAUUAGCUUAGACUGAUAAAUAAUAGUAUAACAUCUACUUCACUGAUAAAAAAAAAGUAUGGCUGCUGCUGCUUCAAAUUUAUGGAUGUCCAUGGACGAAUUCAAGCUGUUUCACUCGAUGGAUCGCGAGCUUUACUCGAUCCUUGUGAUGGAACUGCAGCGAGAUCCACUGUUGUCGAUGCAAGCAAUGGCGUUAUGGAUAUGGUUAGAGAGGAUCGGCUGCAAAUUUUUUAUAAAGAAAAUCCUUUCUCUUCCAAGCAAUGUGAUUAAUAAUCUAAUUGAUGAAUCCAUAAUUUGUCUUAGUUGCAUAACCAAUGAUCAGUUCACUAAUGAUCAUCAAAUCCCUAUUUUACGAAGCGUGCUAGAGAAAGAUAUUUCUCUAAAAUGUUUGCAUAAUCAUAGAGUUUGUGCAACUCAAAAGGUGGGGAAGAUUUUGAAUGAAGUUUGCUUUAAAGCUUGUGGUGAUAUAAUGCAACAAGCCAUGCAAAAUAAUUAUAAUAUUUAUGGUGUCGGUGCUGAUGAUCGGACCAUGUUCGUUACAUUUUCUAGGGGUUUUCCUGUGUAUGAAGGGGAAAUGAGGCAAUUUUUCACUAAGUAUUAUGGGGAUUGCAUCGAGUCUCUUAAGAUGCAGGUCGUCGAUGAGAUGAAUGAGCAAGCAUUGUUUGCAAGGAUUGUAUUCCGAUCACCGGUGACUAUUCCAUCGAUUCUUAACGGAGAGGACAAAGCUAAGUUUUACAUCAAUGGAAAACAUGUCUGGGCUAGAAAAUUUGUACCAAAAACCCCUCAAGCUUCACUACCAUACAACUUAUUCCCGUGACGACUUUAAUUUAAUAAUGUGAUGGAAUUCAACAUGUAACUUUCAAGUUAAAGUAAUGGCUUUGUCGUGAAUUUAUUUUUAACAUACUUCAAUUAAUCA